AUAAAUGAUAUAUAUGAUCAAAUAAAAAAGUUACUAAAAAUAAUAUAAUGUUUAAAGCAAACAUGAAUUAAUAUUAAGUUUGAUAGAUGGUAAAGUAUGUAAUGCUAUUUUUGUAAAUUCAUCUAGCCAGAUCUGUAAUGUUUGCCUUACUUCUCUUAAAUGAAUGUAAUUGAAUGAUAAUGUUACUGUACGGAAACGCCCUACUGAAUAAGUGACACAUAACUAACAUUACACAUCUGGAUAAUAUUUCUUAAAUGCCUGUUAUUUGGAUUUUGAAAUAUGGCAAGUAAGAUGUGACAACAAUAUUAAAAACAAAAAAAAUUAAUUCAGAGGAAAUUCAAGGAACAAAUAGGACUGUGUUCCACGACUAAGGAGAACGGUACAUCUAACUAUGGGUAUUUAUCGACCUUAGAUCCAAAAACUGUAAAAACGAGAUAUUUAGAAUAUGUUAUUACAGUAGUAGAGCAUAUUCGUAUCCAAGAAGGAUGGAAUUCAAUGAAACAUCUGCAGUUGAAUCAUGAUGAGUACAAGAAUGUUACAAUAAAAAAAGUAUUUGCACAAAAAAUAGACAAAAUGAAUAUAACUGACAUGUUAAGUAUUGUUGUUGGUUUACUUAACUACAAAUAUACUCAGAUAUUAAAAAAUUAUGUUGAAAUCGUCACUUUAAGUAUAAGAGAAUGUGAAAAAUAUUCAACGGAUAAUUUAUUAAAAGAAUUUAUUGAUUGCACCCGACGCAUUGAAUAUGCAGUGAAAAAUUCCAAAAUUAUGUUUGAUAAUUUAUAUCAAGUAAUGACGUUUAUGAGUUAUUUAGAUAUAAAAUGGUUGAAUGCGAAUAUUUCUGGAAACCCAUUUGUCAAGGUAGAAGAAAUUUAUUUUGCCUAUAACUAUAUAAAUAUAAUGGAAAUAUCAGACCAAUCAUUUUAUAUUGAUCAGUAUGGUAAUUAUAUACCUGAAAAUGCGACUUCAGUACUAUUAAAUAUUAAAACAUUCGUUGAACAUUUAUAUUUUAUGACUGAAAAUGGCGAAGAGAAUAAUUGUAUUUUAGCUGAACUUCCAGUACCAAUUAACUAUAAUUUGUUUUUUAAAGAGGAAUAUUUAAAUUUCAAAUCACUAAAUCCUCAUUUAAGUACUUUCGAUUUUGUGAUAAUGAUGCUUGAUUCAUUUUGCAACAUCACCAUACAAAAUGAAUACGAAAACCUUGGAUUUGAAAAAAUACUAAAUCCUCUUUUAUACAAAUGUACAUCUUUAUGUGUACCUCCAUUUGAUCCUAUUUCACAAGAAAAAGGAAUAAUGUAUUUGAAUUUUUUACUUAAAGAGGGUAACUGGAAGACUGUGGAAAAUUUAUAUAUAAAGCAUAAUGACCAAUUACUUAGUGCAAACCGUGUGCUUAGAGAUUAUGCAAAUAAUAACAAUUUUCGUCUCAAAAUGCAAUAUUUCACUUUACUAUUAAGAUGUAGAUUUUUUGACUUGUUAAAAAAAUUCACUUCACAUUUACAUGGAACUGUAAAAUGUUGUAAAAGAGAUAAUUUUUUUAUGGAAGUAAAAAAUAAUCCAUUUAAAUUCACAGAUUGUGUAAAAAAUGUUUUCAUGGCUAUUAGUAAUUCUCAGGUGUUUUUAAAUUGUUUAAACACGGCAAUGGAUAAAUUAGAAAAGGCAAAAAUUUGGCAUGGAAAUGGAUUUUAUUAUUGUUUAUCUGUUAUAAAGAACAUAGUAGAAAACAUACUUGACUUGAUUCAAGAAAAAAACCUAUUACAAAAUAUAUUUGCUAACCCAGAGAUUCCAUAUAUUAAAGAAGUUGUAGAGAAGUAUUAUGAUAACGCGAUGUAUGUGAUAUCCUCUCUUAAAAUAAUGAUAACAAAUGGAAAGCGAAUUAAUAAUAAGCACUGCUUUUAUUAUGAAAAACCCUAUAAUUUUAAAAAAGCUGUCUUAAAGAAUGAUGAAACAUCUAUUAGUAAAAAUAAUGGUAGUUGUCAACAGGCUUUUGAGGAAUUAAAUAUGUAUUGUGAAGAUUUUGUCAUUAAUGAAUAUAAAAAUCUAGGGUUUGAUAAAAUUUAAUAAAAAUUUGUUGUUAUUUUUAUAUUAAUUAGUCUUUA